AUGUUGAACAAAAAUUCACAAAAUAUAUCCAAAUUGAAGCCAAAAAUUCGAAUAAUUCAUAUAUUUGCACCUGAGAUUAUCAAAACAGACGUAGCGAAUUUUCGAGAACUUGUUCAAAGACUCACAGGGAAGCCAUCAGAGAUCAAGAAAAGAUCAAGAAUUAGUAGUUGUACUAAAAAAUUAGUUCCAAAUAAGUUGGAACUAAUUAAGGGUGGAUAUAAUUGUAAUUAUCCAUCAGAAUUAAUCAUGAGAGAAAAGAUUAAAGGUGAAGAACAAGAAGAUAUAUGGAGAAGUGCUAAUUAUGGUGGAGGAUUUUUGGGUGGAUUUCAAGAAUUUGAUGGUUUUAUGCAAGAUUUUAAUCAAAUUCCAUUACUCCCUUUGGAUGCUAAUAAUACUACUAAUCAUCAUUUGGAUGGUUAUGGAGAAUCUCCACUAGCUAUUCAGAUAAGUGAUACGUGA